AUGGCGGAGAAAGAGAGAAGGGGCCGCUUGGCUGGCUCCUUUCUCUUCUGCUUGCUGCACCAGCGAAGCAUGGGCAAAAGGAGCUCCUUUUGGAGCUCCUUCCCACAGAUACUAGAAGGGCACCCGAACGCCAUGCAGCGUCACGGGACAAUCACACCUGCGUUGUUAGAGGCGCAACUGGUGUCAUUUGAGGAGGUGGCUGUGUAUUUCACCAAAGGAGAGUGGGAUCUUCUGAAUCACAGCCAAAGAACUUUGUACAAGGUUGUCAUGCUGGAGAACUAUAGGAAUGUGGAUUUUCUGGGCAGUAUGAUGGCAGCACAGGCAGCCUGUGGAUCAUCUACUUGGAGUAGAGCAGAAAAGGCAGCCUUGAAGCUACCUCAGUGGGUGAUGUCCUUUGAGCAGGUGGCUGUGUAUUUCACUGAGGAGGAAUGGGAUCUCCUGGAUCCAGGCCAGAAAGCUUUCUACAAGGAAGUCAUGCUGGAGAACUUUGAGACUGUAGUCUUUCUGGAAACCCCCAAACCAGACCUUAUUACUUGGCUGGAAGAAGACCUGUCUGUCCAGAAUUCGAAGGAACAGAAAAUAUUGUCAGAUCAUGAUUGGGACAGUGAGAACUACCAGAGGCCAUCUCUUGAAUCCCUACAAAUUGCUACACAAGAGUGUGGAGAAGAAUCUGGAAAGAAUUUAAAAGGGACUGGAACAUUUUGGAAUCACCAAGGAACUAAGAAACUAUUGAAAAGUGUGAUUUGUGGAAAGAACUUCACUGAUACUACAUCACUUAUACAUCAAAAAACUCAAGCAGGGGAGAUGCCAUAUAAAUGCAUGACAUGUGGAAAGAGCUUCAGUCAGAAAUGGGACCUUAAGAAGCAUCAAAGAACUCAUACGGGCGAGAAGCCAUAUAAAUGCAUGGAGUGUGGAAAGUGCUUCAGUCAGAAUGGGAACCUUAAGCUGCAUCAAAGAACUCAUACGGGAGAGAAGCCGUAUAAAUGUACGGCGUGUGGAAAGUGCUUCAGUCAGAAAGGGAGUCUUAAGCAACAUCAAAGAACUCACACAGAAGAUAACCCAUUUAAAUGUAUAGUAUGUGGAAAGAAGUUCAGCAGGAAAGAGAGCCUUAAGCGGCAUCAAAUAACUCAUACGGGAGAGAAGCCAUAUAAAUGCAUGGAGUGUGGGAAGAGCUUUUAUGUGAGAUCACACCUUACCACACAUCAUAAGGUUCACACAGGGGAGAAACCAUAUAAAUGCAUAGAGUGUGGGAAAUGUACCCUUUAUUACUAA